AUGGGAGGCAAAGGAGAAAGCAAAUGUCAUCGAAAGGGAAAGACGAAGAGGCCUGUGAAACGCGAAGAAAAUCCACCUCAUCGGCGCUUUAAAUGUCAGCUGGCCCAAAGGCAAAAGUCCCGGACCUCUCAAAGCCUGUCAAACAAAUCAUCGUGUCGAGCUGAGCAGAACGUCCGGAAUACGGCAACGCGAGUGAAAUUGUGAUACCCGAAUAUCUAUAUUGACUCUAGUGACUCUAGAAUGGAAAGAUUUGGUAUUCCGCGUGGUAAGCGUCCCCGAGUGCAAGUUUCAUUGGACGACAAGGAGCGAGCCAUAGCCCGAAUCCGGGGUGGUGAAACCAAGGCCGGAAUAUCCCGCGAAUUGGGUGUUCCGGAGUCCACGGUUCGCGGUUGGGUGAAACGAGCUGAGCAGCGGAUGGCCCGAGACACAGUUAGCCAAACGGGUACUGCCAACUAUCCCUCAAUCCUGGCCAUGACCCUGGCCAAACCGCAAGUAACCAUCAGCACAAAAUCGUCGGCAUCGUCUGUGAUUUCCAAAUCAUCAUACUCAUCGCCACCGCUGGAUUUGAAACCCCUGAAACGGCCGCAGAAACGAAACAUUAAUGGUCAUCCGGUAACACGCUCCCAGGAUUCAGUAGAGGAUUCAGCAGCUACAUCCAUCCCCAUCCCCGUUCCCAUUCCGAUGCCCCUUCCUGUGCCGCCAAUGGUUUCGCCUGACAGUGAGCAACAGAUGAGCGCUUGGUUGCAUAUAUUCAAUGCUGGAAUUCUGAACUUCACUCUGAUUGCCUCCGCUGCAGUGCUUCAGGCUCGCUCGCGUGGUUUGUCGGAUCGCCUGCCGUUGUGGGAAAUUAUCACGGAUUUUGUCGAUGAAGCCGAACGUAAUGUGAAUGUAAACGGGGGUCGGUACCUCGAGGUACAGCCGGCGACAGGACACGCGAGUUCCAGGCAACGCCCAGUGCGAGUGCCCAAGAAGGUGAAUUCGUAUCGCAGGAACUCCAAGGCACCACCGGCUCAUAUUACCGCCGAAGAUGACGAAGACUCCUACACGGACGCCGAUGUGCCACACUGAUCUCCCAUGGAAUGCUCUGGGAACGCACUCUCUGGACAAGAAGGAUUAGAAGAGGCUAUUAGCAUAUACAUAAGAUAUUUAAUCCUUUUUUU